GUGAACUGGGGUUCUUCAGGCCAAGCCAACACCUACAUGACUGCUCUUCGUCUCACAAACAUGCUUGACAACCAGGCAGAGCACGUCAAGAACUUUCGUCCUCAGUUCCUGGUUUUAACUGGACAUCCUUCUAAACACUUGGCGUUGAUGACCAUAGUGUCUCAAAUGAGCAAGAAUGUUGGCCUUAUGAUGUACGGCAAUGUGUACGUAGGAAACGGUGAUGUUCCCGAAGAAGAUGCUAUUGAAGAGAAGAAAUGGCUUCGUGAGCAUAAAAUCAAAGCUUUUCGUGCAGCAACAACAGCGCAAAAUCUUCGAGCCGGGGCCCAAGCCAUGUUUAACUUAUCUGGCCUUGGAAAGUUGAGACCCAACACGGUUGUACUCGGUUAUAUGGAGAACUGGAGGAGUGAAUCCAAAGAUCUAGCCAGCUACUUUGGUAUCAUUAAUGAUGCUUUUGACUUCAGCUACGGUCUGUGUAUCUUGCGCAUGGGUGACAGAGAGUUGGAUAUUGAGGACGGAAUUUCUUCAGAUUCAGAGACUGAGGCCGAAAACCAGAACCAGAAGAAAGACGUCGAGAAGGGAGUGAAGCAGCCUCUGAAAGCAGCCCCCGAACCUCUAAGCAGUGAAAUAACCUUUAAAGAAAAACAGAAGGGGACGAUAGAUGUGUGGUGGUUGUAUGACGACGGAGGCCUGACAGUUCUCCUUCCUUACUUGCUCACCCAGCACCGUCUGUGGGGUGGAUGUAAACUGAGACUGUUCUCCCUUGACAUCCGUUCCAAGCAUACCAUCAAAGCCACUGAACUAAAGAUGGCAAAUUUGAUGAAGAAGUUUCGUAUCACCGUCAGUAGUGUGGAACAAGUCUCUGGCGCAAACACCAAUCCAUCAAAAAAGAGCCUCGAAGCAUUUAAGAUGCUGGCAGGUGAAGAAGAGUUGGAAGGUGGUGAGGUGAUUGAUCAGAAGGUACUUCGAACUAUAAGAGUUGGAGAACUGGUUCGCGAGCGCUCCAAGGAUGCCAAUCUUGUUGUAAUCUCACUUCCAAUUCCCGUCGCGGAAGUCACUACACCCAACUUGUACAUGAGCAUGUUGGAGGCUCUCUCAGCGGAUCUUCCACCUGUCCUUCUAAUUAGAGGAAACCAGUCGAGCGUUUUGACAUUUUAUUCUUAA